AUGAGUAACACGUUAGAAGUAUCCAAAUACUUUUAUGAUGAUGCUACUCAAGAUCAAUGGCAACAAAAGAAGAAGUCGAAGGAAGAAACUAAAAGAACUAAAAAGGCAAAGUUUAAUCAGUCUUAUGAAACUAAUGCUGAUGAAUAUAUGAAUUCUUACGCCACUGCGAAAGAUGUAAUGGAUAAUAAAUCAAGAAAAGCUCAAGAAGAAAAAGCAAAAGCCGAAGCUGAAUCUGAAGCAAAUGGGAAAGUCGAUAAAACGCUGGAGGUAGAGAACAAUGUGGAAGACAUUAAGGAAGAAAGCUCUCAAGAUCUUGAAGGUGAUGAUUUACAAUUGUCUGGAAAUGGGAAUCUAAUAUUUGACGAUGAUGGAAACGAAAUAGAAAUAGAUGAGGAAACGGAUAAUAAGAAAACAAAAAAAGAGAAAAUACAGAUUAAUCAAAGUAAAAUAAAAUCAGGUAAAGUCCUAUCGGAAGAAGAAGCCAGAAAAAAACAAGAAAACUUAGCCAAGUUAAAAGAAAGAUUGGAGCAAAAGAUUAAUAGUAUGCGAGAGAAAAGAAAAGCUAUUGGAACUAAAGCAGCAGGAGCACCAAGCUCGAGGGAACAAAUAUUAAAUGAAAGGAAAAGAAAAGCAGAACUAAGUAAACAACAAAAAAGAAAACAUGAAGAAAUAGAAGAGGAUGAAGAAGAAGAAGAUAAUGAUGACGAUGAUAUUAAUGAAUCAGAUGGUUCAGACCUCGAAGAUGAAAAUCCAGUAAUGUUUGGGAAUAUAGCAUUUCUGGAUGGUUCACAACUUACAUCAAAUUUAUCAUCGAUGCGUAAAUCUGCAGAUAAAAGAAAACAGCAUGGUCCAUCAAAUAAUGAUAUAAAAGCUCAUUUACAAAUUUUGGAAAAGAAGAAACAAAAAUUAAAUUCUAUGACACCAGAAGAACAAAAUAAACAAAAAGAAAAAGAUAAAUGGCAAAGAGUAAUAUCUCAAGCUGAAGGUAUAAAAGUUAAAGAUAAUGAAAAAUUAUUAAAAAAAGCUUUAAAAAGAAAAGAAAAGAAAAAAUUAAGAAGUGAAAUAGAAUGGAAAGAUAGAAAACAAGUUGUUCAAGAUACUGUUGCAGCAAGAGCUAAAAGAAGAGAAGAAAAUUUACAAGCAAGAAAGAAUAGUAAAGGUAUGAAAAGGAAAAAUCAACCAAAAUUAAGAAAAUUUACUGGUAUAGUUGAUAAAAAAAAAUCAUCAGCUGCUCAUAAUAAGAAGAAAAGAGCAGGAUUUGAAGGAAGUGUUAAAACAAAAUCAAAAAGGUAG